CUUUCUCCUUCUUCUGACAAACUCCCCAUGAUGAAGAUGCUGCUGAGGCUGAUUGCUUUGCUGGCUGCUGUCCUGUUUGUCAGCUCAGCUCCUCCGACCUGCUACUCGAGGGUGCUCUCUCUGAGCAAAGAAAUUACGGAGUCUUUUAGGGAUUUACAGCUCUCCAAACCUGUGGACCCAUGUGUGGAGACCCUCCCCAGGCUGUAUUUGGACAUACACAAUUACUGUGUGUUGGCAAAACUCCGUGACUUUGUGGCAUACCCCAGAUGUGAGAGAGUGCUUCAAGUGAGUGCUCUAAAGGAAAAAGCCCGGAGCCUGUACACCAUUAUGAUCUCCUACUGCAGAAGGGACCUCGUGUUCCUUACUGAUGACUGUGAUGCUCUGGAAAAUCCUGUUCUGUAUCCCGCUGCACCCUCCAUCAUUCAGAGUUAAAAUGGAGUCAGAGCGAAAGUUCUACCUGGGAAAUUUUAAAGAAGACCAAAAGCCAAAACGUAUAUAUGCAGUCGGCUACAACAUUGACAGCUAAGAUCUUUUUCAGGCACACUAGCAAUAUUAUCUCAGACCUACCCAUUUUUCUCAGUCUUGGCAGGAAAUGAACUGCAUGCCUUACAUACCUACAGAGCUGCUAGUGAA